AUGUUCUCCAUCCAGGAGGGUCUCCCCAGAGGAGGGCUGACCAUGAAAGAAGAACCCUUGACCAGUGGACUGACAUCCGUAAGGUCCUGGAUGCAAAGCACUGGGAUCCUGGAUGCCAACACGGCAGCCCAGAGCGGGGUGGGCCUGGCCCGCGCCCAUUUCGAGAAGCAGCCGCCCUCCAACCUGCGGAAAUCCAACUUCUUCCACUUCGUGCUGGCCAUGUACGACCGGCAGGGGCAGCCCGUGGAGAUCGAGCGCACCUCCUUCAUCGACUUCGUGGAGAAGGACAGGGAGCAGAACGGUGAGAAAACCAACAAUGGCAUCCACUACCGCCUGCAGUUGCUGUACAGCAACGGGCUGCGGACGGAGCAGGAUCUCUAUGUGCGGCUCAUCGACUCCAUGUCCAAGCAGGCCAUCAUCUACGAGGGGCAGGACAAAAACCCCGAGAUGUGCCGUGUGCUGCUGACCCACGAGAUCAUGUGCAGCCGCUGCUGUGACAAGAAGAGCUGCGGGAACCGCAACGAGACGCCCUCCGACCCCGUCAUCAUCGACAGAUUUUUCCUCAAGUUCUUCCUCAAGUGCAACCAGAACUGCCUGAAGAAUGCGGGGAACCCCCGGGACAUGCGCCGCUUCCAGGUGGUGGUGUCAACGACGGUGAACGUGGACGGGCACGUCCUGGCGGUGUCCGAUAACAUGUUCGUCCACAAUAACUCGAAGCACGGGCGCCGGGCGCGACGGCUGGAUCCCUCUGAAGGCCCCCCAGCCGGGCUACAUUACGCAGCCACCCCCUGCAUCAAGGCCAUCAGCCCCAGCGAAGGGUGGACGACGGGCGGCGCCACCGUCAUCGUCAUCGGCGACAACUUCUUUGACGGGCUGCAGGUCGUCUUCGGCACCAUGCUGGUGUGGAGCGAGCUAAUCACCCCUCACGCCAUCCGGGUGCAGACGCCGCCUCGCCACAUCCCCGGCGUGGUGGAGGUGACACUCUCCUACAAGUCGAAGCAGUUCUGCAAGGGAGCGCCCGGCCGAUUCGUCUACACAGCACUGAACGAGCCGACCAUCGACUACGGGUUCCAGCGGCUGCAGAAGGUGAUCCCCCGGCACCCCGGAGACCCCGAGCGCUUACCCAAGGAAGUCCUGCUGAAGAGGGCGGCAGACCUGGUGGAGGCCCUGUACGGGAUGCCGCACAAUAACCAGGACAUCAUCCUGAAGCGAGCAGCAGACAUCGCCGAGGCCCUGUACAGCGUCCCGCGCACCCCCAGCCAGCUGUCCUCGCUGGCCGGGAACCACGCCCACGCAGGCAUGAUGGGCGUCAACUCCUUCGGGAGCCAGCUGGCCAUCAACAUCAGCGACUCGGCCCCGGGCACCGAGCAAGGCUACGCCCGCAACACGAGCAGCGUCUCGCCGCGGGGCUACGUGCCCAGCUCCACCCCGCAGCAGAGCGGCUACAACACCAUCACGUCCAGCAUGAACGGCUACGGGGGGGCGGCCAUGACCGGCCUCGGGGUGCCCGGCUCCCCCAGCUUCCUCAACGGCUCCACCGCCAACUCCCCCUACGCCAUCAUGCCCUCCAGCCCCCCGCUGGGCGCCUCCUCCAUCACCCUCCCGUCCGGCGCCAGCUCCUCCACCCCCGCCGGCGUCUUCUCCUUCUCCCCGGUCAACAUGAUCUCCGCCGUCAAGCAGAAGAGCGCCUUCGCCCCCGUGGUGCGGCCGCCCACCUCCCCCACCCCCACCUGCACCAGCACCAACGGGAACAGCCUGCAGGACCAGUCUUUUGAGGACUCCGACAAGUUUCACCCCCCUGCUCGGUCGCUCCAAGGACUGGCCUAUUCCUAG